AAAAAUACAACAAAGCCGAAAGAGAGACGUUGGAUUAGAAAGGGCGUGGAGCAUGUGGGCUUCUUAUGUUCUGAUUCUCCAAAUGUAUAAGAAACAAUACAUCCCUUUUGAUUUCUUCAGUUUUUUUUAAUAAAUGAUUCUUAAAUUCAAGAUCAACCCAGAUUUUUGUUUUUCUAGUUUUUAACAUUGAUUUCUAAAAAAAGUUUGGUUCUUAAAACUUAUCAAUAAGUAAUGUUAUUAUCUACUUAAGAUUUUGCUUGAUUGCUUUUUGUCCUCUUUUGUUGUCUUUCCUUUUGUUCUGUUCUUCUUUAUUUAAAGGUUCCCCUUUUCUUAUUGAGAAUCGAGGAGGAUAUAGAUAUAUAGAGAUUGCAUUAAGGUGGUUGUUGUAAUAGAUUGCGUGAAUGGAAGAAGGCAACACAAGGAGUAGCAAGUUCAAGAGGGUGUGUGUGUUUUGUGGAAGCAACUCUGGCAACAGACAAGUCUUCAGCGAUGCUGCUAUUGAAUUGGGAGAUGAACUGGUGAAGCGGAAGAUAGACCUGGUCUAUGGUGGAGGAAGUGUUGGACUGAUGGGUUUGAUAUCCCAGAAAGUGUAUGAUGGGGGCUGCCAUGUUCUCGGGGUCAUUCCAAAAGCACUCAUGCCUCUUGAGAUAUCUGGUCAAACUGUGGGAGAAGUAAGAACUGUUGUGGACAUGCAUGAGCGCAAAGCUGCCAUGGCUAAAGAAUCAGAUGCUUUUAUUGCUCUUCCUGGAGGAUAUGGAACCAUGGAAGAGCUAUUAGAGAUGAUCACAUGGUCGCAACUUGGAAUUCAUAAGAAACCGGUUGGUUUGCUAAAUGUUGAUGGAUACUAUAACUGUUUGCUUGCAUUAUUUGACAAUGGUGUCGAACAAGGUUUCAUCAAGCCCCAUGCUCGGGACAUUGUUGUCUCUGCUCCAACAGCCAAAGAACUUAUGGAAAAGAUGGAGCAAUACACUCCUUCCCACAAACAGGUUGCGCCUCAUGAAAGCUGGAAUAUGGAGCAACUCGGAGACUAUCCUAAACAACAGAAUGCACAGUGAGGGUUUCGGUGGUAGGUCGUUAUCCCAAAUUAAUUCCUGAUGUAAUCCAUCGUAACUCUGAGCUGUGUAGAAGAUUCUUUCUGAAAUGGGACCACAUAAUUGUUGGGUACUAUGUACUUUUGUCGUUGUUUUAUGGUUUGAAGUCUAUUAGAAUCAUCCAUGCUGUUUCAGAACUUUCAUUGGUUUAUGGUCAGUCAAGCCACUAUUUCGGGGUCU